AUGGCGGCCGGGUGGGGGCUAUACCAAGCGGCGGCUGCUCUGAGAGCCGUCACUCCCCGGCCGAGGGGCAGGCUCCCCGCCGCCUGCCUCAGGCCUCUGGUGUGUCGGAAGGCGUCGUCCUCCAGCCCCCAGGCCGACGAGCGGCAGAUCCACCUCACUGACAGCUGCGUGCAGAGGCUUUUGGAAAUCACCGAAGGGUCAGAAUUCCUCAGAUUGCAAGUGGAAGGCGGUGGAUGCUCUGGAUUUCAAUAUAAAUUUUCGCUGGAUACCGUUAUCAACCCCGAUGACAGGGUAUUUGAACAGGGUGGGGCAAGAGUGGUGGUUGACUCUGAUAGUUUGGCCUUCGUCAAUGGGGCCCAGGUGGACUUCAGCCAAGAACUUAUCCGGAGCUCAUUUCAAGUGUUGAACAAUCCCCAAGCGCAGCAAGGCUGUUCCUGUGGGUCAUCCUUCUCUGUCAAACUUUGA